CUGUUUCUCUGCAAAUGAAGAAAACAAUCGCAAUGGCGCCUUAGAUUUCUAGUUUGGUCAUUUCUGUCGGAUUAUUUACUUGCAAAUCCAGAGAACAGGUGAGAAUGAGUGCUGAGGCUGCAGACCGCGUGGCAGUGACCGGCAGUCGGCCCUCCACGCCACCACAGACGUCCUGGUUUGAGUUUCUGCUGGAUCCAUCAUUACUGGAGCAGCACUUACAGCAGUCCCAUCCAGACCCGUCUCCUGUCCUGCUGAUCAUUCAGUUUCUUGAGCAAGCCUCCAAACCGUCUGUAAAUGAGCAGAACCAGGUCCAGCCGCCGGUGGAUAACCGCAGGAACCGCACACUCAAACUGUUGGCCCUAAAGGUGGCUGCCCACCUCAGAUGGGACCUGAACGCUCUAGAGAAAGGUCUGAACAUCCCUGUGCUGAACAUGUUAUUAAAUGAGUUACUGUGUGUCAGUCGUGUUCCUCCUGGAGUCAAGCAUGUAGAUCUGGAUCUGUCCAGCCUGCCGCCCACCACAGCCAUGGCUGUGCUCAUCUACAACAGAUGGGCUAUCCGUACCAUUGUGUUGAGCAGCUUUCCUGAAAAACAGACCAAACCUGGACCACAUCAGCUAAACAUGAUGAGUCUGGUCCAGCAGGAGAAGGAACUGACGGAGAACAUACUGAGCGUGCUCAGAGAACAGGCUGCAGACUCCGUCACGGUGUUAGAACGAGCUCUGAACAUCAAAAAAGAUUUCUACAUCCACACGCUUCGUACCCUGGACCUGCUUGCAGCUGAUCCCAGUUCAGCCAACGGAGAGACGGAGUCCUCGACUGCAGGGCUGCGGAUCAGCACUGAUGACCUGCACUGUCAGGUGCAUUUUGAUUUAGGAGGCAUUUGCUUUCAGCAAGGCUGUUCUGAUCGUUCAUCGUAUGAGAAAGCCAGAGAACAUUUCAGACUCACACGAGAAUUACUGUCGAAGUUGGGGAGCUCGUCUUUUUGUCAUCUGGACCGGCAGCGAUUGGCUGGUUACUGGAGCGCCUGCAGGACUCUGAUCGGGACCUCUGACUCCAGCGAGGCUCAGCUCAGCCCAUAUGAACAGAUCAGCUGUUUCAUGAAGGAUCAGAACUACGAGGCUUUAAUCGAGGCUUUUAUUAGAGACAAUGUCACACAGAAUCUACCCGACAGCUUCAGACAUUCAAUUCAUCUGGAGCUGCUGCACAAACUGCAACAAGGGGACAGAGCUGUGGAGGCGGUGUGUCAUAAACUGUGUGUGUGUAACGCCGUGAGAGACGCUCUGGAGGGUCGAGUUCUCAGUGUUUCCUUUCAUCAGCUGCUUCUGAAACCCUCUGAAAACACCAUCAGAUUUCUGAUGGAGGUGUGCGUGCGGUCGUUGCGUAAGGAAAACACGUCGGAAAGGAUCAAGAGGAGAUUGGCCGUUUUUAUCAAGUAUGUUUGUGAAAGUCUGGAGGACGUUUCUCUGGCCCUCAUGGUGUCGUCUCAUGAACUCCUCAAGGAGCUUCUGGAGGACGAGGAGAAGCAGGUCCUGACGGAGCAGAUGAGGAAGUGCUCGACCACAGUCAACCUCAAUUCCAAACCACUGCCUUCCUUCUACGACAUUCCCACAACUGCCAGCGUCAGGAUCGGUCAGUUUGAACAACAGCUCAUUCUCUCGCUGGACGCUCGACAGAUCAGACAGAUUGUCAUCGAGCUGCACGGGAUGGCCGAGCGACCAUACUGGAGGGUCAACAGCAAGUGGGAGGUUCCAGGUGAUUAUGUGAAAGUCAUACUAGCAAUAAAAGACAACCUGACACGAGACCUGCUGUACAUUCUGAUGGCGAAAGGUCUGCACUGCAUCAAUAUAAAGGAUUUUGUCCACGCUCGGCAGCUGUUCUCAGCGUGUCUGGAGGUGGCGACAGAGUUUUCUCCUAAGCUGCGUCAGGUGAUGCUCAAUGAGAUGCUCUUACUGGACAUCAGAGCGCACGAGGCGGGAGCUGCCGAUGGCAACAUGGAGAGACCGCCACCCGAUCUGGUGAGCAGAGUACGAGGAUACCUGGAGAUGAGAAUACACGAUAUCCCGCUGCGUCAGAUUGUGGGUGAGGAGUGUGUGGUUUUUAUGCUCAACUGGCGAGAGAACGACUAUCUGACACUACAGGUCCCUCAGUCGCUGGUCAACAACAACCCUUACAUAAAGCUAGGUCAGCUGAUAGCCUCCACUUGUAAGGAGCUGCCGGGACCUAAAGAGAGCAGACGCACGGCUAAAGAGCUCUGGGAGGUGGUGGUGCAGAUCUGUAGCGUCUCCAGUCAGCACAAACGCAGCAGUGAUGGAAGAGUCAGUCUUCUGAAACAGAGAGACUCGUCUCUCGGCAUACUGCCCCGAAGCAAAUUCAUGACCUUUAUGAAGAAACUACGGGAGCCGCUGGUUCUGACAACACUCAUUUCUUUGUUUGUGAGGCUACACAGUAUCGUACGGGACGAUAUAGUGAAUGAAGUGACCGCUGAACAUCUCUCCAUAUGGCCUUCUUCUCUGGCUAAUUUACAAUCUGUGGACGUUGAAGCUGUGGUGGUCACAUUGAAGGAGUUGGUGAACUACGCUCUCAGUCUCAACCCCAAUAAUCAGUCGUGGCUCUGCACACAGGCCGACAUCUACUUUGUCACCAACCAGUAUUCUGCAGCAAUGCAUUAUUACCUGCAGGCCGGGACUGUGUGCUCAGAUUACUUCACUAAACCUGUUCCACCUGAUGUCUACACUGACCAGGUUCUGAAGAGAAUGAUCAAGUGUUGCUCGCUGUUGAACUGUCACACUCAGGUGGCCGUUCUCUGCCAGUUUCUGAGAGAAGUCGAUUACAUGACAGCGUUCAAAGCCCUUCAGGAGCAGAGCAGUCAUGAUUCCAUGGACUCACUCUACGACUACAUCUGGGAUGUGACGAUUCUGGAAUAUCUCACAUACAUUCACUACAAACGCGGAGAGAGCGACAAAAGACAAGUUGCGAUAAAGGCUAUUGGACAGGCAGAGCUCAACUCCAGUAAUCCAGAAGAAGUCCUGCAGCUCGCAGCUCAAAAGAGGAAGAAAAGAUUCCUGCAGGCUAUGGCUAAACUCUUCUUCUAGAGCCACUUCAA